AUGGAUAAACAAGAAGAUCUAUCUCAAUUAUCUCAAAAAGGUCUACUUAUCGACGGUGCGGGAAUCAUAGCUGUCUACCCUAAGGGAAAGCUGGGGACGGAUGGGCAGACUGCUUGGCAAGGUGCACCAUAUUCUGCUCCCGAUGUAGAUGAUAUUGCUUUUGUGAACACAAUGAUCUCCACACUUCAAAGUACAUUCUGCGUCGAUUCGUCUCGAAUCUAUGCAACCGGCAAGAGUAAUGGUGCAGGAUUCGUCAACCUCCUAGCUUGUACACCAUGGAUAGCUGCAAAGUUUGCCGCCUUUGCAACUGUCUCAGCAGCUUUCUACACGACUACUUUCAACGGAAAUUGUCCCACUCAACGUGCCAUACCCAUUCUCGACUUUCACGGUACUGCAGACAGUGUGGCAGCAUACAAUGGUGGACAAGCACACGGUGCGCCGCAGGUCAGUGUUAACAGUUUUCGACAAGGAUGGGCAUCACGCAAUGGAUGUCAGGAUAAAGCGACAAUCUCUCAUCUAUCGAAAGAAACAGAUCCUCAACAACUGGUUGAAAUUCAAACGUGGAACACGAACUGUAAAGCAGGUGGUAUUGUUAUAGGAUACAAGGUCACUGCAGGGCAACAUGGAUGGCCUCGUACAACAUUACCAGCAAAAUGCAAUGGAAAGGUGGGAACGAAUGAUUGUACUACCACUGUGUUUGAUGCUACAUCGAGUGUUAUCAUUCCUUUUUUCAAUAAGUAUAGAUUGUAG